UUCUGAUCUCUUUCAGAACAAGCCUUGCGUAGUUGUUUAUGUAUUUCCAUCAGUUUAAUAUUAGUGAGCAAAAAAAAAAAAAAAAAACAUUAGUGAGCAAACAGCUAAAAUAAAAUUUCAUCCUAAAAACUGUAGUCAUCAGUUUGUAUUUCUUUCCAUGUUGAAUUAAAUGAAUUUUCCCAUUAUUUAAUUUUCAACUAAAAGGAUAUUUCACAAUGAUAUAUUUUUGACACCCCAUUAUCACUAACUGAAGAGUGCCCUAUAAUAUUACACACACACACAAACAAAUUUGUAGCUAAAAAAUUAUUACAAUUUGUUUUGGAAAUUAUUUGCUGCCAGUGCCAAUCAUCUGAUUCAUAUUUCCUUUUUAAAAAUAAGUUCAAUACUUUGUUAUGAAUAAAAUAAGAUAUGGCCCUAUUUACCUUUGAGAAUAAAAUAAAAUUUUGUAUACAGACAAUUGGAGAAGAAUCCAAAUAUGGCGGGAAAAACAAGAAAAUUAUUUAGGCUUUUUCCAUAGGGUUCAUAAAAGUCUGUCACAAGAGGUCCGAUUUAAUGGAAUAGAUCCAGUGUUUGCGUGUUUGACACGCUACUUUAGCUGUGUGAACGACCCAUUUAGGUUCCUCGAAUGAAGAAAAUUGAUAGACGAAGAGAAAUCGAGCUGGAAAAUCUCGAGCGAAGAAACCCUAGAUCGCGGUUGCUGCCGCUGACGGGGAGAGGAUGAACGAUCUCCCGAUGAACGAGGUGAAUGCAAUUUGGGAUCCUUUUUGUUUGUUUACAGGCUGAGCCGGUAUGAGGUAAACUGAUAUCUCUAAUUAUGAAAAAAAAAAUCUGAUAUUUAGGAAAAUGUUUGGUACGGUCCUUUCACUGGAAACAAGCCCUAUGCAUAAGGCGUUUAUCUAUGCUUCUUACGGAUGAGAAGGUAUUUCAUUUAUCGAUCUAAAAACCAAAGUGGAAGCUAUAAUCUUUGCUAGGUUUUCUGGAACUAAUACCGGAGAUAUUGACUGGGAUGAUGGGAAAUAGACUAAAUAGUUUCCUUAUGCAUGUGCUAUGUUCUUAUCAACUUGAUUGUUUAGGUCUUGAUUCUCUUCAUCACAACUUGGUUUUCUUCUUCUUCGUAUUGCGCGCUGUAUACGGAAUCUUAUCCGAUAUAAAACAAUCGUAAAGACUAUAAACAAUGCUCUCAUUCAUUCCACUAUCUAUAGAAUAUCUUGACUUACAGAUUUGGUUCAUAUUGACAUUCUGUCUGAUGCUGCAGUUUUCAAGCUAAUCAAUGUCUUCCUCUUCCAAGCAAUCUCUUGUGUUGAUGACAAUGUACUGGAGUUCUUCUUAUCAUCUCAUACUACUCUGGUAAAUUUCAGUGAUAAUUUGUUCUUUGAGUUUCUGAAUUCAGGAGUUUUGUCAGCCAUUUGUGACUUAAAUAUGCCCAACACAUAUAACUAUCCCACUUUCUGCACCAUAGAUGAUACAUAAUAAGUCUUAUUUAAGUCUACGUUGGCAUUGAUAAGUAUAUGCUACCAGAUUUCAGUUUCAAGCUAUAGGAGUUUGCUAUCCAAGGAAGGUCGUUACAGUUCAAUACAGGUUUUGCAGUUUGAAACUAUGCACGAAACCUCUGAUCUUCAUCAUAUAGAAGACACAUAAGAAAAAGACAAGAGCUCGAGAUAUGACAUUGGCUGUAAUACUGAGGCGGAGGGAGAAGAUCUUUUAGGUUUCAAAGAUGGUGGAAAUUAGAUAAUUUUCCGCACCCACCUCUUCCCUAACCAGAUCCUUCCUAACGGUCAAAAUCUGUCAUCAUCAUCAAUAGUAAGUUAUCACUGCUACCAUGUCCUCCAUAUUUGUCUGUCCAUUUUUAACAUCUUCUGUGAAAACAAUCUUUUGCUUUGUUACGAAUUGUAUUUAUUUCCACAAAAUGAAACGAAACCAAUACUGAUAUGCUUUCAAUUUUGCAAAUCUUCAUGUAGUAAGUUUUCUUCCUAGAAAAAGCAUUUGAGGGUGGGAAAUUCUGCAAGUAUUAUCUAAAUUUUGCUAUAUCAGGACUUUCUCAUGUGUCAAACAUAAAAUUACACUGUCAUAUCAGACCCUCUCUGCAUCUUUUAUUUGCUGCAUAAUACAUGUAUAUAUAUAUAUAUGGACUUGUUUUAGUUUCAUAUUCUUUAAGCAUUCUCAUUUUCAUAGACAAUAGCUCUUAGGGUUAUUGCUUGAAUUUUGUUUGGUUGGUUAGUUGGUCUUAGCUUUAAGCCUUUAACUGAUAUGAAAAAAAAUACAAUAAUAAUGUAGCUACGCUUAUGAUAUAUGAGUAUAUAAAUUAAUAAACCAUGGAAGUGGAUGAUGCAAGGAAACCUAUUUUGCGUGCCAGUGGAGAUGUCUCUCUGGCCACCCUUUUGUUUCCAUGUGUUGUUGGCGCUGCCUUCUAUUUCAAAUCCUUUCUCUUUUUGUUUGUCUCCAAUGAUUAAAAUUAUAUAACUAACAUUUUCGUCGUCCUGUCAGAUUCCCUUUAUGGCCCUUCUCCUACAUCAUUGCCUAAUCGGAGAAGAUCUUUAAUUUAUGGAUUGCAUAAAAAAAUGAUAAAACCCUCUUGCUAAUGAGUUGAUCAGUAGUGUUUUUCUGUUUGUGUGAAAUGAACUGUGAAAAGACCAAGCAAUAAUUAUGUGUAGUUAUUCUCCUUGACAAAUGCAGGAUUUGAUACUAGGGCAUAGUUUGAUGGCUACUUAUGAACUACUUCCCAGUUAAAGACAAAUUAGAGAAACAGUUGAUAUGUGUUUGUUCAUUAAUGAAGACGGCUGUUCUCGAGAUGAUAAGACAAGAAGAAGAAUUUACAUUGGAAAGAAACACGUGAAGAUAAAAGAAUGCUAGCUAGGUUUAAUAUAAAUAGAAAUAAUAAGCAGUUAAUGGUUGUGAAUAGAGGGAAGCAACCAAAUCUCAGAGAUAGAGGAAGGAGAAAAUAAAAGAGACAGAUACAAGAGAUCAGCGAACAUGAGAAGAUCUCCUUGUAGUGAUGACUCUGGUCUCAAGAAAGGUCCUUGGACUCCUGAAGAAGAUGAGAAACUUGUCAACUAUAUCCAAAAACAUGGCCAUAGUAGCUGGACAGCUCUUCCCAAGCGUGCUGGUCUUAACAGGUGUGGGAAGAGUUGCAGGCUAAGAUGGACUAACUACUUGAGACCUGACAUCAAGCGAGGGAGAUUCUCUCCAGAGGAAGAACAGACUAUCUUGAACCUUCAUGCAGUUGUUGGAAACAAGUGGUCAACGAUUGCGAACAACUUACCAGGGAGAACAGACAACGAGAUCAAGAAUUUCUGGAACACCCAUUUGAAGAAAAAACUGAUUCAGAUGGGAGUUGACCCAAUGACUCAUCGUCCAAGACCUGAUAUCUUCUCCAGCUUAUCUCAGCUUGUGUCUAUGUCCUCUAACCUUAGAGGUUUUGUUGAUAUGCAGCUCCAGUUUCAAACUGAUCAAGAGCAAACUAUACUGAAACUCCAAACCGAGAUGGCAAAACUCAAAUUGUUACAUGACCUCCUUCAACCACCUUCCAUGAAUAAUAACACUAACCCUAAUGACUUUGACACUCGCAGUCUCCUCCACUCUAUUGCCUCCUUAAAAGAAACCUAUACCACCAGCAAUAAUCCCGACCUUGGUCCCUAUCUUCAGGACUUCAGCAGCAUACCAUCCCUAGAAACCUUAAACACCAACAUGGUACCAUCAUCUAUUUCCCCCCGAGAUCUUGAGGACAGUCACUUUAAAUUCUUCAGUCAAAGAGAUAACUUACCUGUAUCUCCAGUCUGGCUCUCGGAUCCCUCCAGCUCAAAUCAGAGUUUGUUACCUUCUCUUGAUCAUUCAUCUGUUGUGAGUGGUGAUCUGAUUAGAAACCAAUACAUUAUUGAAGAUGUCAAUAGCAAUCUCAUGACCUCUUCAAGCGGUCAAGAAUCAGGAGCUUCAGCUUCACCUGUAUGGCCUGAUCAUCUACUGGAUGAUUCCAUAUUUUCCAACAUUCUUUAGCCUUCGUUGUCUUUUUCAGGUAUGUUUUGGAGGAACUCAAAAAUCAAAUUUGGAGAAUGUAUUUGCGUAUCUAUAUGUAUUGUAGACACAUCAUAUAUGUGUGUUCAUGUUGUGGAAUGUAAAGUACGGUACAUGUUUCAUAACUCAUAUAUAUGCCUGUUGUUAUCAAUGUUCUUUAGCAUAUGUUUCUCACCCAUAUGGCCAUAUCCGAGUUUAUGUUAUAUAGAGAUGAUUUUUGUGAAGUGGAGGUCACUUGUAGUUGUAAUUAGGGUUUUUCAUAAUUGUUUGGAUCUUUUGUUUUACUUUACUUGCUUGCAAAUCGAAUUAUGUACGAGUAUAUAGAUGUUAUAACACUUUUUGUAUCAAUGUAAUUUUAAAGCAAACAUCAAACACACUGAGGUUAGAAUAGAUGUUAUACAUUGUAGAGUUUGAAUAUGGAUGUG